UUUAUUACGAAGAAUUACGGGGGGUCGCCACGCUCGACGACCUUGCUUUGACUUUGGAACGCAGAUUCGUUCUCGUCGUGAUUUCAACUCCUUUACGCAGUUGAAUUUAUUCAACAGAAAUCAAUUACGUGACGUUUCUCAUUCCAUUAAUAAGCCCUUAACGUAUCUCGUCACACCUGACAAUAUUCGUCUUCCCUUCAGAAAUAUUGUGACAAGUAGAACUACAAGGAGAAGCAUCGUCAUGGCGCUCAACAAGCUCAGCAUCGACAAAGUUGAUUUAACAGAUAAAAGGGUACUUAUACGAGUUGACUUCAAUGUUCCACUGAAAGAAGGAAAGAUAACAAACAAUCAGAGAAUCGUUGCUGCAUUAGAUACUAUAAAAUAUGCCAUCGACAAAAAGGCCAAGUCGAUUGUUCUAAUGUCUCAUUUAGGUCGACCUGAUGGAAAGAGAGACGAGAAGUAUACACUGAAACCUGUAGCUGAGGAACUAAAGACUCUACUAGGCAGAGACAUUUUAUUUUUAAACGACUGUGUUGGUUCUGAGGUAGAAGCUGCUUGUGCCAAUCCAACACUUGGUACUAUCAUUUUAUUAGAAAACUUGAGAUAUCACAUUGAAGAGGAAGGCAAAGGAGUAGGUCCCGAUGGAAGUAAGGUUAAAGCUGAUAAAGAUAAGAUUACAGAGUUCAGAGCAUCUUUAAGAAAACUAGGAGAUGUAUAUAUAAAUGAUGCUUUUGGAACUGCUCAUCGUGCUCAUAGUUCUAUGAUGGGAGAUGGAUUUGACACGAGAGCAAGUGGUUUUCUGUUGAAAAAGGAACUUGAAUAUUUUGCAAAGGCUUUAGAUAAUCCAGAAAAACCGUUUUUGGCGAUACUUGGAGGAGCUAAAAUUGCUGAUAAGAUCCAGCUAAUUAACAAUUUGCUAGACAAAGUAAACGAAAUGAUCAUUGGUGGUGGUAUGGCCUACACAUUUUUAAAAGUAUCUAAAGAUAUGAAAAUUGGAAACUCACUGUUCGAUGAAGAGGGUGCAAAAAUUGUCAAUGAGUUAUUAGACAAAGCAAAAAAGAACAAUGUUCAAAUUCAUUUACCAGUAGAUUUUGUAACCGCUGAUAAAUUUGCGGAGAAUGCAACAGUAGGAGCUGCAGACAUAGAGACUGGUAUACCUGAUGGAUGGAUGGGUUUAGAUGUUGGCCCAAAAUCGAGGGAUUUGUUUGCAGAACCGAUCAAGAGAGCAAAAGUUAUAGUAUGGAAUGGUCCAGCAGGAGUAUUUGAGUUUGAGAACUUCAGCAAAGGUACAAAGAGCUUGAUGGACAAUGUCGUUGAGGCUACAACACGAGGAACAAUUACUAUCAUUGGAGGUGGAGACACAGCGACGUGCGCAGCCAAGUGGAAAACAGAAGAUAAAGUAAGUCAUGUGAGCACCGGUGGUGGUGCAAGUUUGGAACUUCUAGAAGGUAAAGUAUUGCCUGGAGUUGCUGCUCUUUCUCCAUCGUAAAGUGUCUUUAUAAUAAACAAUAAUACUAAUUAAAGACCAAUUUUUGUCGAAGAAAAUGUACAGUUAUCAUGACGUUAGUCAUUUUCAUAGAAGUAUAACGAGUUGUUGAUAGCUAAUAAAAUUAUUUGUUGGAUUGGCUGGUAGGAUUAGUAUAAGAAAUAAAAGAAAAUAUACUCAUUUUCUGAAUUAUCAAUGUAAUCAUCAUUUGUUUAAUUUUCUCAUCUAAUGAGAAAUAAUAAAAUUAUACUUUUUAGAAAAAGGAGAUAUUUAAAUCUUCUUAUAAACAAAUAGUGUACAGUUAAAAAUACACAAUGCAUCACAAAUGUGUAUUAUAUAUGUAAUGUAUAAUAUAUUAGGAGAAUAUUAAACCACUGUUAUAUAUUAA